GGUGCUCUCUAGAAAUGGAAAGUAAAUAAAACAUAGCAACACGUAAAUAAAUGGCUGCAAAAAGUCAAAAUCGAGUGUCUGCUAAAGGCAGCAAAAGUGGCGGUUCUGGUUCAUCACUGUCCGCAAAGUCCGAUUCUAAAGGCAACAGAAAGAAAGUAACAUUAGAGGAUGAGGAAGAGGAGAAAGAAUCCCUUGCCUUUAAAGUUCUCACUGCUGAACAGACCAAUGAGUUGUUAGGGUUCAAUGUCCUUCAAAUUCAAGAUAAAUUAAAAGAAAUAUUUAAUCUGGGUAACUACACUAUAAACCUGACGGAUGCUGCAGUGCUGGACUAUUACACAGCGGCGGUAUAUUGGGGGAUCCAGCAGAAAUUCACAGCCCAACAACUCUCUGGGUUUUUUACAGUCAUGCACAAACUGUUGGAUAAUGUUAGAGAGAAGCAUUUAAGUUUAGUGGAUAACACUAUGGAGUUUAACAAGUUGUUUGCUGGGAUUGGAGUGGAGGAGGUGAAAUCUGCCGGCCUGGAUUUCUUCAACUUGGAACAUGUGCGAGCCAUAUCAGAGUAUGUCUACUCCAGCCUGUUCCAGCAGUACCGGUUGUACUUGUACAUGUUCACACACUCACAGGCAGAGGAAAUCAUUGGUACAGAUUUGGAGGUGGAGGUAGCUAAGGCUGCUGACUUGCCGUUCCCCCCUCCUCUGGACGAGGGUGUUGAGGAAAUGAUAUACACCGAGUUCAUCGCCACACCGCCACCCACACCAACGCCUGAGCCUCCAGAGGAGGAGCCUGACCCAACCCAUGAGCUGGAGGAUCAGGUCUCAACAUCUGACCUGUUUGCACAGUUGACUUCACAGGAUGUCCGCGAGGUCAUAGAGAGUGUUACCAUGGAGAUGCUGGGCAACCUUCAGAGCGAGAUUGGACUGAAACUACAGGACAAAGAAAGUCAAAUCAUCCAGCGAAUAAACAAAAUACACAAAGUGGCAGAAUAAACUGAAACAUUUACCACAAUCAUGAACAAAUUUUAUUGUAAAUACAUACAUGUGAUAACGUCCCGGACGUCCGGGAUUGUCCCGGAAAUCGUAUCUCUGUCACGGAGUCACGGAGAGUGCAUGUUUGUCCCGGAAAGUCAUAAAAAAAAAUAAUCUCGGAAUCGGAAUCGAUUAUCUUAAUUUUACCAUUGUAAGUCAGCUAUUUUGCCUGUCCGGGACACUGGUCGUAAAACACAGGACAUGUUGACACUAAUCCGUUGAUUGGUACGUGUGUCAUCGAGGUCAUCGUCAAUCACCCGAUAAUUGAUCUAUCGGCCUAUUGUUGUGCUUAACGAGUGGGGGAGGGUUCUUGUAUACUAAUUCAUUGUUUUCAUAUGGAUUUGUUUGGUCUUAUGAAUGAUAGCUUUUAAUUGAUGAAUUGAUAUUUUUCACACAUUUUACCAACAAACGAGCAUGAAGGUAAGUUCAAAGAAAGUGACAAAAUGAGUAAAAAAAACAAAAUUAAAACACGGAAAACAAGGAAUUUUAGUGUUUUGACCGUUUCCGAACUAUCGUGUGUAUUUUUACGCCGAAAGAAAACUGACGAUAUGGGGUUUACAGAUGGUUAUAUAGAGUGCUUUAAUCACGUGACCAUGGUAAGUCACGUGAUCGCUUUAUACAGCUGAUUGUUGACACGUCUCUAUCAAAAUUAUAUGCAUCUCCAAACGGAAAAAAGCUCAUCGACUGAAAAAUCUUCUUUAUCGUCUGGAAAAUAUUGUGUGUCAUUAAUUGCAAACGUUUUAAAUGUGAUGAAAAAAUAAAUAUUUCGUAACGCAUGUUCUCAAAAGCGCGGGAAAACAGGUGCCCGUAUAGUUGUUUAUUUCCUGUUUUGAUGAAACCGAAAGUAGACUGCAUAUCCUCCUGGUUAGCACUUCAUUUAAAGCCUGGGAAAAUAUCUGGUGGUUUUAUUUUUUCAAGAAAAUGCAGAAAAAAAAACAACCAUGUCAGGUAAAAAAUACGUCUUGACAGUCAAAAUAGGUACAUUUUCCCGACGUUAAAAACGACUAAAAUAGCCCCAGAUAUGCUAUGGAAUGCACCACAGACGUUCCCCAUUUAAAAAAAAUUCCGGGGGGGGCAUGCCCCCGAACCCCCCUAGUGUGCGUUGACAUUACGACGAGUGUCCCGGAAUCGACCCAAGAAAUUAUCACAUGUAUGGUAAAUAACUGUAAAAAAUAGAUAUAGUAUCAUGAGUGUUAAAAAUGAAACAGAAUAUAAAUGAUGAAAAGUAUCAGUGCUUUUUUAUUUUGAUAAAAAAUGAUUACAUAAGCUUGAUCUUUGUCGUGUUAGCAAUGCUUUAAUAAUGGGAUAGGAGUCGUAUAAUAGAAAAAAAUAAGCCAUAUAUAUGUAUAAAACUUGGAUAACACGUUGACAGGUUAUCUUUCAGUUCAUUUGCAAAUUUAAAAAUUUUGAUUGGUUUAUAGUUAUUAUUGGAUGAAUAUUGACCAAUCAAUAAACUUUUUGGCUUACUAUGAUCAAACCAGAAUGAACCAGUUUUAUACUUGGCUACAGAUGCAUUUACGUAGCAGUAAUAAUGUGUGUUGUUAAUGACCAUAUAUCAUUAAUUAUGAUGGCUUGAUAACCAUUAAAAAUAACAUUUUGUACUUUUAAGUUGUGCUUCUGUUUGUAAAUAAUCUAUGAGAAAUUAUACAAAUAAAUAUUGAUUUAUUCC